AUGGAAGAGGAUGAGGAAGAUGCAUCCACAGGAACCAGCGAGCCUCAUCCUGCUCCUUACAAUAGGCUGUUGCGCGAUGAAUUGCUGAGUUGUGGGACAGUCCUUCAAAUAUCUGAUUUACCAGAUGAUGGCUAUACAGAUCAAGAUAUUAAAAAAAUCGUUCAGCCGUUUGGCAAAGUUAGCGAUCUCCUUGUCCUUCGCUCUAGCAAUGAGGCCUUCCUGGAGAUGAACUACAAAGAAGCCGUGAUAGCAGCUGUGAAAUACGGCGAAACUGUGCCAGUGCUGCUCAAUGGGAAACGGGUGAAGAUAAGCGUCGCAGAAAAGCCAAAAGCACCUCCUGGCCAGGCCAAAGCGAAUACAAAAAAGCGGUCUCAGAACGUUAAAAAAGUCCCACGAAGUACAAAAAAAGAUCAGAAAAGCACCAGUAAGACAAGUAAAUCCGUUCCGGAGACUCCUGCACAGGUACCUCAGGUGGCGGCGCUGGACUCGGAGGAGUAUAAUAAAGCUGCUCAAGCUACGAUAGCGACUAUAAAGAGUGAAGCAUCAACAGAACCAGUUAAAAAGGAACUCGAGGAUGUAUGCGUGGUUCUUAUUUCAAACUUGCCUGAGAAAGCAUUUUGUGUUGAGGAGGUUUCCAACCUUGCCAAGCCCUUCGGCAGGCUGCGGGACGUACUGAUUCUAUCGUCUCAUAAGAAGGCAUAUAUCGAAAUAAACAGAAAAUCUGCAGAUUCCAUGGUUAGAUUUUAUACCUGCUUUCCGAUCUCGCUGGAUGGAAAUCAGCUCUGCAUCAACAUGGCGCCUCAGUGUAAGACCAUAAAAGAUGAGGAAGCAAUAUUUACUGCUAUAAUUAAAGAUUCUGACCCUCAGGUAAAUACUGAAACUAUCCAUCAUCAGUUUGUGCAUCUUGGGAACUUGCCGAACGACGGGUACAGAGAACUUGAAGCAGUUUGUGUGGGACUUCGGUUUGGAAAAGUCGAUCAUUAUGUUAUCCUGAAGAAUAAAAACAAGGCAAUUCUGCAGCUGGACAGCCCCAAGUCGGCCUGGUCGAUGCACAGCUUCCUGAAGCAGUAUCCCUACAACAUGGGGGAGCACACCUUGACCUGUAUGCUCUCACCCCGGGGAGGCUCGCCCGAGAAAGCGGGCGCUGGAGCUGAAGGUGCUAGGGCAUCUCUUACAUCCGCUGAUACCGAGUCACCUGCAGUGAAGUCAGAAGAGAUGCUGCUGCCGCCUUCCAGCGCGCUGAAGGACGAGGCAGUUAAAGUCAAGACUGAACCAGAGUGGUUUGAAUCUGCUCUUGUACCUGUGUCGGAGAAGAAAGUUAAAGAGGAAGAGUUGUCGAUUUCUGCCACUGAACCCCCGGAAGAAUUGUCCCGUGUGUGCAAGGCUGAAGAGGUGCCAUCAGAUUGUGAUGUGAAGCCGGCAGCAGGGGACACGACCGGGGCUGUCCCUGAAGUGCUGCUGCCCGAUUCUGGUGCAGCUGCAGUGGAGAUGGUGUCACCUGCUGUCACCCAACCCAACAACAAGUUGGAAGCUCCUGAAAAAAAUCCUCUUUCUGAUGCUGUGAAAACCGAACAUGAAAUGCCCAUGACUCAGAUAACAGAGAAGAAACCUGUAUUUAAAACUGAGCUAGGUGUGGAGAAGAAACUGGACAUAGCUGGAGUGGACAGAGAGAUGAAACCAGAAGAGUCCAUGCUCCAAGCUGGAAGAGCUGCAGAGGAGAACCCUGGAAAGCUUUUGGUCAAGACUGGGGCAGAGACAGAGAAGAAACUUGAAAAAUUUGCGGCCAAGCUUGGGGCUGCUGUGGAAACCACUACAAAUGCUGUCAGCGAGAACAAGGAGGGAAGUGUAAUCAAAGCCCCUCAAAAUAAAGGAGCAGGACCAGCAAAAACUGAUGAAACCCGCAAAGGAGUUCUGUUAAACUCCUCUUUAUCUGUCAAGGAAUCUUCCUCUGUUAGUAAAAUGAUUUUGAAGGCAGUGGUGUCUCUACCGGAUAUAUCCAAGUCAAGGUUUCCAGGACGGAGAAAUGAGCUUUCCCUGUGCAAAGGAGGGGAACAGAAAGCUCCCUCCAGGCCCGAGACCCGAGCCCGAGCAGCGCUGGAGAAGAAAAUCGCGUCCAAAGAAGUGGAUCACCUGAGACCUGGCAGCAGCCGAUCGAGCCUGGGAGAUGGCGGCGGUGAAUGUAAAGCGAGAAGUUCUGCUGCCGAUGGAAAGGGAGAGAACGGGAGGAACCCAUCCCAGCAAGAGAAGGACUCGCGAGCGGAAUCUAGGGCUAGUUCGAAACUGUCUCAAGAGGGAGAGAGUAGAUCAUCCGGCACGAAGAAAGACACCGGCAGCAAUAAGGCUUCUGGUGGUGGCAAUACUAAAGCUUCGAAAGGUGGCACUAACAGCAGUGCAAAACACAAGGAGGAAGAAGAGCUCUUUCCAUUUAACCUGGAUGAAUUUGUCACUGUGGAUGAGGUCGUAGAGGAAAUCGAGUCUCCUGUUAAAUUGCGGCGAAAUCCACCGAGGGGCAAGAGAAAAGAUGGUGCUAAAACCAACUCGGCCUCUGAGCCCAGCUCCAAGAGGAGGAAAGGGAAGAGCUCCGUGGCACGCGUGGCUGAAAGCGAGCUCUCUUUUGUCACCUUGGAUGAAAUCGGUGAGGAGGAGGAUGCACAGCUCGUGGGAGCUGCUAAUUUAGAAGCGCUCAGUGACCCGCAAAACCUGGUUGUGGUGGAUGAGGUGAUGGAGGAGGAAGAACUUAUGUCGGAAGCGGUGAAGAAUCCCCAGUCGCUGGUUACCUUGGAUGAGAUAUCCGAACAGGAGGACCUCCGUUCGCAGAAGGACGUCCCCAGGCCAGCUUUUGAGGAGCAGGAUUUAAAAGCCGAGCCCUUGGUAACGGUGGAUGAAAUCGGUGAGGUCGAGGAGCUGCCUCUGAACGAGCCGACGGACUUGAAUGUCGAGGAUGCGCUGAAGCAGGAGGAGGAGAAAGGGGCCGGCGAGGAUCCUGGAGACGGGGCUUCCUCCCAGGUGCCCGACGAUCCCAGCGCGUUAGUGACGGUGGAUGAAAUACAAGAGGACAACGAGGAUAACCCUCUGGUGACGCUGGAUGAAGUUAACGAGGAUGAGGAUGAUUUUCUGGCUGAUUUCAAUCGCCUGAAGGAGGGACUAAACUUUGUUACCGUCGAUGAAGUUGGUGAGGAGGAUGAGGAAGAAGAAAGACCAGAAGAAAAAGAAGUUGGUGCCGUUGCAGAACCAGAGGAGGAGGAUAUUGUUGCUGUUGCAGGACCAGAGGAAAUGGAAGUUCUAGGACAUACGAGUCCCGAAGAAGAAACUCAUGCAGUCUGCAAGUCAAAAGAUCUGGAUUACCUGGUUCCGAAGGCUGGCUUCUUCUGUCAGAUCUGCUCGCUCUUCUAUGCCGACGAAACAUCUGUGAAAAAUCACUGCAAGACGCUGCUCCAUCAGCAGAACAUGGAGAAGUUCAUGGCCAAGCAGAAGGAGGAAGGUAACAACGGGGAAGAGCAGAGUUCAAGGUGA